UUCGUUCCACGAACUUCCAAUUAUGGUUGGUUAUCAAAAACGGGGAAGAGGUGCCGAUGAAGAAAGUCGGAGACAAGUUGAUCCCCAAGACCGAAGACGAGUUUGAUGCCGAGGACAUCAAAAAGGUCUAGAAUUACGCAAAGGCAAUAAACAUGCUUUAUUGUGCCGUAAAUCCUGACGACUACCGCAAGAUCUCCUGCUGCUCAACCGCCAAGGAGAUGUGGGACAAACUUGAGGUGACGUACGAAGGAACGGACCAAGUACGUGAAGCCAAGAUUGACUUCCUCACCCAAGAAUAUGAGAUGUUCAGGAUGAAGGAGCACGAGAAGAUUGACGACAUGUUCGACCGAUUUUCCAAGAUAGUCAACGAUCUUCAUGCAUUGAAGAGGACUUACACCGACAGGGAUCUUGUACGAAAGAUCCUACGGAGCUUGACAUCCGAAUGGCGAACUAAGGCCGAUGCCAUCUAUGAGUCAAUCGGCACAUCAAAUGUCACCAUCGACGGUUUAAGAGGUAACUUAAAAACUUAUGAAUCUACUAUACUUAACCAGUCUUUGAAUGACCAAAGGAAAGACAUAGCAUUAAAAGCCUUCAAAGAACCAACGAUGAAUGACUCAAGCGACGAUGAUGAAGUCAAGCUUGUCAUGAAGAGGUUUUGCAAACUUCUAAGAAAGAAAGAAAAGGUUGAGGAUGGCCCUGUGUGCUAUGGAUGUGGUGAAGCCAGGCACAUCAAGAACAAAUGCCCGAGAAACGGAAGGAACACUCGACACUUCAAAAGGCAAAGGGCGUACGAGUCAACCGACCAAGAUGAGGAUGAAGUUGCCAACCUCUGUCUCAUGGCACACGAAGACCAAACCGACGAUGUACAAGAGGGCUGCCCAUCUGCGGUGACGACAUCGCAACAUAUGGCGGCGAUGAUUGGGAUCACCAACCUCAUCCGCCACAGCGGCGCACCGACAAUUCACUCGGCCCCACUGAACAAGCGCCUCCUCCUCUACAUCAUCACCCGGAUUCUCCGCCCCCGAGACAGCAGCCAUACCUCGCUCUUCAACGAGGAUUUGAAGGCGAUUCAUGCCAUCAUCCACGGCGCCUCCAUCAAUUGGGCAAAAUUCGUGAUGAUCCACAUGGCGGAUUGCGCCUCCAUCGCCACUGGGCGGAGCUUGCCAUACGCCUUCCUCGUCAUGGACCUCAUCAUCUCCGCCGACAUCUCCAUCGCCGGCCCAGAUACGAAGAUGACAAAGAUUUGGAUAAUUCAAGACAGCACCUUCCGGAAGAAGUCCGGAGACCGGGACGACGCAGGCCCGAGUCGUGCACCAGCCCCCGCUCCCGCCAAGGCCUCUUUGCAAUCCAUAGCCGAUACUCUGAAUCGGCUAACCCUCACAGUAGACGGCAUGGAGCAGUCAAUCGAGCGGAUGGACUGGACGCUGCAACGCCAACACCACGACAUGACGGCGUUCUUCCGCGGCGUCAACUACGUCCCGCCGCCCUUUGACAGCACCUUCCUCGGCCAAAACUAUGAAGGCGAGGAUGAGGAGGAUAACUCCUAUGCUCCAUCCUCCUCCCCCGACGAGGCCGACUUUGAAGAUGCGUUCGACGGCGAUCCCAUGGAUGUCGAGGACGAUGAGGACGCCGAUGCUUAGACUUUUCUUUUCUCCUCUUACUAUGAUUGUAUUUUUUUAUUUCCAUUCCGUUGUAUUCCGCAUUUCCCUUUUUUCAUGAAUAAAAGUUUACUUUGUAA